UUUGGGCAUAUGGACCAAACUAACUUCCGGCAUACCUGAAAUUAAAAGCACUUUUUUCAGUCUGUACCAUUUCCAUUCAAGGAAAUAAGCACUUCCUGUAUUCACCUAAGCUUAAUAACAUAUAUUGUAACGUUCGUCUCGUAACUUUGCAAAGCCUUUGUUUAUUGUGCCAAGUUCGUAGCCUCUUCUUUCUCGCAGGCUGCAGCGCAUCAGUUUUAGAGAAGAUGGCGGAGGAAGAAAAGAGCGCUGAGCUUGCCAAAGACGACAACGAACUCCAAAUGUUAAAGGACCUGGUAGAUGACUUGUACAGUUACAGGGAUCAUUACUUUGACACUCACAGCGUGGAGGAAGCGGGAAGAAAACAACAAGAUGUCACGCAGGAGCUAGCAAAGACACUGAAAAGGCUGGAGGAGAAAGAAGAAAGCUUGAAGCACAAAGCAGAGUUCCUGCUGCAGAAGGGCAGGUGUCUUAAUGUUGCCCCAGAGUUCAGUGCUGUUGCUGAGGAGUGCCUCUCCCGGGCAGUCAAGCUGGAGCCUGGCCUGUUAGAGGGCUGGAAUGCGCUGGGGGAGCAGUACUGGAAAAAAGGGGACCUCACUGGUGCCAAGAACUGCUUCACAGGAGCCUUGCAGCAGAGCAAAAACAAAGUGUCCCUGCGAAACCUGUCUAUGGUGCUGAGGCAACUGCCGGCAGCGGACAGCGAUGCACAUAACAAGCAGGUUCUGAAGAGCGUGGACAUGGCCCGGCAAGCUGUCCAGCUUGAUGUGGCGGAUGGGACAUCCUGGUAUAUUCUAGGAAACGCCAAUGUGUCUCUGUUUUUCACCUAUGGACAAAAUCCGCAGUUGUCCCAACAAGCUCUAAGUGCUUAUGCGCAAUCUGAAAGAGUAGACAGAGCGGCCGCUUGUUACCCAGAGCUGCACUUCAACCGAGCCACGCUGUUCCAGUACGAAGAAAUGUUCGGGUCGGCGCUCGAGGGCUACAGCCGUGCCGCCGCCCUGGACCCUAGCUGGGAGGACCCCCCGCAGAGGGAAAAGCAGCUGCUGGAGUACCUGGGCAAAGUCUCAGAACUCGUUGAGAAUAAGGGGAAGGUGAAGGCGCGCCGCCUGCGGACUAUGCUUUCCAACCUCAACACAUCAGCUCUAGGCCCAUGCUCAUCCCCUCAGUUCCGCUCGCCAACAGGCCGAGUGGGAAGCUUGGAGCUGCUGGCACUGUCCUCUCUCACACAUGGUCACAACAGCGGGGUGGCAGCCAUGGGGAAGGUGGUGUUCAGUCUGGCGUCCGAGGGUCGCAUGGCCUUUACAUUCGGCAUGGUGGACAGUGAGGAGACGUGCAUGGUGGUGAUGGUUUACAACACAGCAGACAGCUGGGGGGUCCUUAUCGGAGACACCGUGGUCAUUCCUGAACCUCAAGUCAAACGACACAGCAUCACACAUAAAGACACGUCCUUUGACUUCAAGAGUAUCCGUGUGGACUCUCCUCUGCUCCUCAUCGUCAACGGCAAGAAGCAAAAUGUCCAGAGUCAAAUUGCCACCUCCGUCAGCUACAAGCCUCAGAGUGAAUGACGAGUCAAGAGGACCAAAUGCAUGGACAUGAAACAAGAAGACUGCUUUGGCUGUAGAGGGACAUUUGUGUUUGUAGCCUUUAUAUUUAUUAUCUUUUUUUGUAUCCUGCCUUGAGGGAGUUUUUUUAAUGUAAAUGAGUAAACUUUGAUGUGGGGGCCCACCAGAAAAAUUAAGAUGAAACGUACCAUGCUUUAACAUUUUGUUUCAUAUGUCAAACGUUUUAAGGUUGUCAAACACCUGUACAGCAGAGGUGUCCAAAGUGCGGCAUGGGGGCCAUUUUUGGCCCGCAGCUUUUCUUUUUUUUAUUGGCUCUUGAUGUAUUCUAAAAAUAAAAUUCAAUUAUUGAGA